AAAAAAGAAAAAAAAGAAAGAUAAUAGUUGCGUGUAUUUGUGCAAAAUUUCUGUCUGACGCUAAAAAUAAAUACUUGACUGUCCAAUGACACCCCAGACCGUGACAAAGUGGUGUUUAAAAAUCUGUUAGAAUUUAGGCAAUUUUAUUAGGGUUAUAUUGGGGUCGCACGCACAAAUAAAUUAGAAAAAAUUCGAGGAAGCAAGGAGCGCUAAUGGAAACGUAAGUAAAACAAAGCAGACACGUUGUUUUAUGCAUUUAGAGGGGUUCGGGGCUGUAAAAGUGGGUUUUGGCGUGUUUUAAAUGGACUGUUGCUGUAGGAAGUUAAAACAAUGCAACACGUGCUCACAGUUUGGCUUCUCCUCAAACAGAAACUUCCACGAGCGGAUAUUUAACACUUCAAUUUCUAUCCGUUUUUAAACGCCGGACAGCCCCGUGUGUUGCAUUGCUUCUCAUUUUCUCUUAGUUUUCUAUAUAUUUUUUUUAAUUUGUUGUUCUAAGACGGCAAGUGAGCUCACAAAACUUCUGCAACGCUGCACGCGGCGUUAAUUGAUAAGUGCGCGAGGCAGUAUAUCUGACGCCAAACUAGCUUCGUGUGCGAGCUAGAUGCGAACGAUUACUAUUUAUUUUUAUUCUUAUUUUCUGUUAGUAGGAGGAUAUGGGUUGUAAUGCGUAACAGGAGGAGGAGUGGAAGCUGGGAGACGCUGCAGAGGGUCGCUUUCUUUCCUGAUAGCCCGCAUAAAAGCAUAAUGACAGUCCUGUUAAAGCCCACCUGGAGCUUGAUUUCACCAAGUAUGACCGAGAUGGUCUCUUCCUCCAUCUGUGUGUCUCUGUCGUCUAGGCAUUGCAUGUGCCAACUGUAUUCUGUGAGUAUGCCUUUGUGAAGCUCGUCACCCUCGCCGGGAUUCCCCGCAACAUUUUCAACAAGAGACAAGGGAAGGAGAAGAGGAAAGGAGAAAAAAAAAAAAAAAAAUCUGCAAAAAUGGACAAAGAAAGUGUCGGUACUCAAUACGAGCCUGUGGCCGAGAUUGGAGAGGGUGCGUACGGGAAAGUGUACAAGGCAAGGGAUUUGAAGAACGGGGGACGCUUUGUAGCCCUGAAAAGAGUUCGCGUCCAGACGGAGGAAGAGGGCAUGCCUCUCUCCACUAUCCGGGAGGUGGCGGUACUGAGGCAGCUGGAGGCCUUUGAGCACCCCAAUGUUGUCAGGUUGUUCGACGUUUGCACGGUCUCUCGGACUGACCGAGAAACCAAGCUCACCCUGGUGUUUGAGCACGUUGAUCAGGACCUGACAACAUACCUGGAGAAGGCUCCCGAUCCCGGGGUACCACCUGAGACCAUUAAGGAUAUGAUGUAUCAGCUGCUUCAGGGGCUGGACUUCCUUCAUUCGCACCGCGUGGUUCACCGUGACCUGAAACCCCAGAAUAUUCUGGUGACCAGUGAAGGUCAGAUUAAACUGGCAGACUUUGGUUUAGCCCGCAUCUACAGCUUCCAGAUGGCGCUUACAUCUGUGGUGGUGACGCUGUGGUACAGAGCUCCUGAAGUGCUGCUGCAGUCCAGCUACGCUACACCGGUGGACCUGUGGAGCGUUGGCUGCAUCUUCGCUGAAAUGUUCAGGAGAAGACCUCUUUUUCGGGGGAACUCUGAUGUGGAUCAGCUGGGGAAGAUCUUUGAUGUUGUCGGGGUACCUUCACCUGAAGACUGGCCUCAAGAAGUGGCCUUACCACAGAGUGCCUUCACACCCCGACCCCCUAAACCAAUAGAAAACCUGGUGCCAGACAUGGAUGCGGAAGGGCAAGCCCUGCUAAUGCAAUUUCUCACCUUCAACCCCUCCAGGAGAAUAUCAGCCUUCACUGCGUUGAGUCACCCCUACUUUCAGAGCGUGGACAGUCACAGCAGGAGCCUGUACGCUACCCAUUCAAUCCCCAGCAACAAGCCCACUAUUGAGGAGAGGACCGCCUGAUCGUCCUCCUUAACCUCCAGCUAUCCCAAACACAUAAGAAGUAUUUCCUCUACCCACCUUGUUUUGCCUGAUCUAUAGCAAGUCAAAACUCACAAAUUAAGCCUUUUGACACUGAACACAGUUGAGUGUGUAACUCUAAGAUACCGCUUGCAUCUCGGUGCAGCACUUUCAUCCUGUUAAUCAUAUCGUUGAUUUAGACACCAGCAUCUUAAAGUAUAGUUCAGCUUGUUAGUUUUGCACUGCUUGAAAACACUCCAACUAGGUUUAAUGUUUUCCUCUGAAGUUAUACCUAACUGAUUAGAUGUCGUCUCUUCAUAAAUUCUGAACAACCUGUUACAGAAACGUCAUUUCAACUACCAGCAUCUGGGUAUACAUAAGUUAGUGUACCAAAAGAAAGUUGACUUUUGUGAUCAUCUUGUGCUUAUUUUCUAAUCUUCAACAAGACAGCUAAAGUUUCUUGGUUUGCAAAAGCUCCCUUGUAGAUGCAAGUGCAUUUAAUUCAAGGAGAAAGAGCCCGACUCCCAUUGCCAACAGUGAUGACUUCCAUCUGAAGAUUCAUAGUCAAACCUUAAUUAGAGGGUGUUUCAUACAGUGGUUCUGAUGUGAACACAUCCCUGUUGAUAUUUCAGGUUUUUGGGAUGUAAAAAAGAAAAGCAUGAUAAAUCAUAGAAAAGAAGCACGACAUGUGUCCUGCACUACUCAAUGGGAAAACAAGAAAAGGUUUGACUAUAAAAAGUAGUUUUAAAAAGUCGGAGUAAUUCCGUUACAUAUGUGUGGACACCCUUAAACUAUUCUAACUUUGUUGAUUCCCUUUGAUCCAAUUUGAGCAGCCAGUCUUCUUUGGUAGGAGUGUAUUAGCAUCCCAUGUCUUAUCUUGGCAGUAUCUUUCCAUUCUGUCCAUUCAAAUGUUGUGAGAGGCACCCCACUGAAGGGCGCCGCCAUUUUUACAAUUAAUGACAGGAGUUCAUAUCGCAAGUUUUGGACAUUGUAGUAUGUGGAGACGGAGAGAAAAGUAAUGAAACCUAAGGUCAGUGGAUUUAACAUCUAAACCUAAUUUAAUGCCUGGGGUUUAUCCCCUCCCCUGAGGGCUAACCCUAACAUUGGUAGAUAAGAAACCUAAACCUAUGAUCAGUGGAUUUAAUAUGACUUCAUUAACUUCCUGUUGGGACCUACUUGCGGCGAUUUCAGGAGCGGCUUUAUUAUAAUUAAUUUUAUUUGUAUUCAAGCCACAAACAACAUGAAUGACAGUCAGAGGAAUAACCCUCAUCAUCAUCAGUUUCUAGCAGACACUUGAUACCUGUUUCCAGGAGCCACCAUGCGGUUUUAGUAAUGUCCCUUUGUUCCAUAUUUUUCUUUAAUCAGUUAGUGCAGACUGUCAUUACUGUCCAAUAAUGCCUACAUAAUACUGUGGGUUAUUUCUCCUGAGGGAGACAUCUUUGCGUUUAGAGCCAUUUGAUCUUUUCUAACCUCUCUGCAAACUAGGGCUUUAGUUACAGGACACCUGAAUUUUUUUCAGGUUUGUUAAGAUCACCAUAGGUGGUGGUAGAUGUGAACUUAAGAAAAUUAAGUGCUGAAACUAAAUCAAAAUAUGUUUCCAAAACUUAGUUUAAGUCUGUGCACAAUUUAUGCAAGAGAUUAUUGCAACUUUUUAAAUAUUUGUUCUUUUUCACCCUAGUAAAUGUUUUUCACUUGAAUUAUGCACGAGAAAUUUCAAUUUUAGAUUGUUUACACAAUGUUUAAACAAUGUUUUAUCAGGGUUUUAAGAGCCACUGUGUGUGCAUUCUGACUUUUUUUUAUUCUCAAUGUCAAAAGGCUCAAUUGUAGUUUUAUGUACUAUAUAAAUGUAUGUAAAACAUAAUGAAAUCAUUGGGGAGGAAAUACUUUUUAUGAUCAAUGUAAAACACUCCUGAAAGUACUCUCAAAAAGAUAAACAAGGGGGCGAAGAUGGUGUGAUGGCACAUCAUGCCCUUGAACAUGCACAAAAGCUGCCUUCCCAAGAACCAAUGGAUCGUAAUUGCUGCUUUUAGGUUGUGAAAUGUUAUCUGAAAAAAUACAAUUAUAGGCCUGCAUCUUAGCUCAACUCCUAGUUGAGAGGCCGGACAUAUUCUAGAGGCUGAAGCUUCAUUACGACCAGUGUUUAGACUUUUUGACUGGCCUCCUUGAUCUUGAGGACCAGACUGGGUCCGACGCGGACGGCGCGGAUCUCACCUGCCUUCAUGCUCUCCGUGGAAAGUGUGCCAGAAGAGGAUGAACGAUGGGAGCACACUGGCAAAAUGCUCAACCCAAGCAUGCUCAUGUACCUAUAAAGUCACAUGGAAUCACAAGCCAGCCUCUCACUGCCAUGUUCCUUACCGUUCUAAUGUUAACCAACACGUUGCUGCCAUCUUGUGGAUAUCUAUAGUAACUGCAGACAAACCAGUAGCGGGAUUCUAAUGGUUUACUGCACUCGUCAAGAACUCACUGGGCUGAUCAUAACGGUGCUGAGACAAUGAAAACUGAUCCUGCCACUUACUUUAAGACGUUUUUUUUUUUUUAAAUAGACUAUUUUUUUCUGCUUAUGUGGGAUUUUAUCAUGAAAUUCACUUAUUUACAAUCUAAAUGAUAGUGAAAUGCACAGAGUUGCUUUCUGUGUAUAAAGUCCCACCAGCACUAUUCAUCAUGAAAACAUUCGGCAAAGUGUUAUCAAAAUAUUUUGUAUUUAAUUCUAAUUUUAUUGACAAGUCUUAUAUGCUUUUUUUUUACUGGAUUUUAUGGGUUUAUCUUUCGUAAUGAGCUGGGCAUACGAUAUUCUUACGUCAAGUGCACAAACUCUGCGCGAUCAGAGUUUCUGCGUGUAAGACGUUUAAAAGCUAGGUGUUGGUACUGUACAGUGUAUUCAGCUAGAUGAAACGACAGAAUCUGUUGCUAAAGCACAUCGAUAUGUCAUAAAAGUGGCUAGACGUAGAGUAGAUGAAGGUCAGUGGAAAGUUGUUCGAAAGUGUUUUCUUGAAAAUGUUUGGUGGAAUUUGCUGUGGACUGAUCAUGGCGAUGAAUUUUACAGUAGUUUUGAUGAGAAAAUGAUACCUUUUUUAUGUUUUUGCUUUAUACGUUAAUGUGCCGUUGCAGUUUUUUUGUUUUUUUUUUGUUUAUGUUUCAAUUUGUUUUAUUUUUUGUGAAUGAGCAAAAAAGAGGCGACUUAUGCAGAGCUGUAUUUUUGUAUUUUCUACUUCUUGCAGAACAGUAACAAUUUAACACUGGUUGGUUUAUGUUUUUCCUAACAGGUAGUGCUACUAGCGCACACACAGAAACACACACUCAUUUUUCAACUCUCUCAGGUUUUUGUCUGGAUGUCCAAACCCCUUGGGCACAGUUUGCACAUCUCUUGGCCUACCAAGUGACCAUAUAACGACUUCUUCAGGUUUCCUAUCAAGCUGUCUCAUAAUGGUGUCUUUAAUUACAUUUAUAGUCUGUUAAGACUAUUAAUCAAUUAUUUUACUGUAGUAAUUUCUGUUUGAAAUAGACUAUUAACAUCAGCAACAUUUAUUUGUUGAAAGGCAAGCAAAAUAGGUCUGCUUAACUAAACACUGUGUGCAUUUUCCAUUUGAUUGUAAGGUUUAUAAUGUAAGUGGUCCAUAUUAAAACUGCAUAAUUAUAAAGCUAUAAUUACUUUAGAAAUAGUGUUUUUUUUAAUUGAACUAAUGGCAGUUUUAGUCAAAGUUAAUGCAAUCAUUUCUAAGACUUGCCAUCUUGUAACACAUUUCAGUCUCAUGUCAGCCGUUCGUUUUUUUUGUAAGCGGUUUUACAGUUUAAAGUUAUUAGACAUAAAUUAAUCCAUCAUAUCAGUCAGAUUGGCAUCCAUAAUGUAUGAAUGCAUUUGAUGUCAUAAUAUGUUGCACCAGCUGAAUAAAAUGCAAGAAUUUGCAAAUGUUUU